CCCACCCGUGACGAACAGGAGCUGAACAGGGCCACUCGGCCCGUCGAGUCUGCCACGCCAUUCCGGCUGGGCUGAUUUACUAUCCCUCCUUUCUGCUCGGAACCUCUGACUAAUCGAGAGUCUAAUCCACCCCCACCCCCGCUUUAAGCCUGUACCCGGUGACUUGUCUCAGGCGGCUGCUCCCGGCCUCUCUCUCCCCACCCACCCCCGCUCACCUGCGUCAGGGCGAGGGAAGAGUAAAUAAGGAAAUCGCGGAGGUCAGUUUCGGUAGCUGACGUGCGCCGAGAGCCGACCGAGCCGGGCACACCGAUGGUUCCCGAGGCUGGGGACGAUGGGCAACGUCCUGCGCCGCUGCGCCGCCGUGUACGGAUCCCAAAAGAGAAAGUCAACAAAGAACAGUACAGGUCUUAAUACCGGGGCAAGAGAGAGUAAACACACACAGGCACAUGAAGACUUCCACGCCUACGACGAGGUGGCCCCCGACAUACCCGUCUAUGCGACGGUGAACAAGAAGAAGCCGGCCGACGUCCAUUACGCCGAAAUUCAGGUGAUUCAGCGGGGGUCUCGGAGAACGGUCAAACAGGUCAAAGCGAGGCAGAAGGAAAACGCGACAGAGUACGCCACAAUAAAGUUCACUCCAGUUGUGAAGUACGACAGAAAAAAAGGGACUCUCGUAUAAAGUCCAGGUGAUCAGACAGGAAAGACUCUUCUCCCCACUUCCCUUAAGGAUGGACGUUUAUUUACAACUUGACAUUACAAAACUAGGCGUGGCCUUGUUUAGAUAUUAUUUGCAGGUAAUGCAAUCCAAUGUAGCACCUUCCUGGUUCUAUUAACUGAAAUAAGUACAUAUCAGCCCCCUUCUCAUAACACAUCUUCGUACUGUGACCCGUCAGGAGAAAAAGGCGUUGAUUCCAAGGAUUAUGAUGUCAAUCUUACAUGACGUAUGAUAGCUACAGAUAAAGAUGGCGUCAGAAUAUACAGUGGAUUCCGGUUAACUGGGACACGGUGGGGUACAUUUUGGCCCAACUUAGCCGAAGUUUCAUGCAAAUGGUUGAAAAUGUAUAGACGAUACAAACUGAGCAGCAGAUUGUGUACUUAAGUGGGACGCAGGCUAAAUUGGAACAUUUGCAAUGCAACUGCAGUGCUGUAAAACUAUGUGUUAGUUCCAAAUAGUUAUCGACGGAGGAAUUCAUCCUGUGAUUGACUCCUGAAAGAACAGGAUCAAAGUGCCCGGACUGCCCUCGUGCAACGUUAUCGAUAAUUGCGUCCGCCAAGCCUCUACUUUCAUCGUAGCGCCUUGAGGUGAUCGUCAGUGCCUUCGUGACCCAGACAAAUGAUGGGGAAUCCUGGCUUGUUUUUCUCAAUCAGUUUUUGUUUCCUCACAGUUGUCCCAAUUAAGAGGCCACCCCCCAUCCCCGACGGCCCAAUUAACCGGAAUGCAGUAUACUUGGCAUCGGCAAAUUACGGUACGGCUUCUGAUGGUUUCCUUGUAACCGUUUCCUGAUUGAACAAAGCCCGUAUUUAAGUAGAAUGGUUGAAUGCAUUUAAAGCAGCAAACCUGACUUUUAACUGCGCAAUAUCAUGACAAGUUCUGUGAGGAGGUUAGUUGAGCUGCAGGAUGGAGGUACUAAAGUUUGAACCUUAGCUCCACCCGUGAAGUAGUUCCUGCCUUGAAACUGAGCUUGGUUUGCAAUUCGCCUACCAGAGCAAAAGGUCAACGGCAGAUGCCAUCUCUCUGGCCCUACAUUCCUCCUUAGAACACCUGGAGAAUAAAGACGCAUACGUAAGGCUCCCUGUCAUUGAUUACAGCUCUGCCUUUAAUACCAUCGUUCCAAAUAAACUGAUUCCUAAACUCUGGAACCUGAACCUGUGGUUUACAUAGUCAUAGUCACACUUUAUUGAUCCCGGGGGAAAUUGGUUUUCAUUACAGUUGCUCCAUAAAUAAUGAAUAGUAAUAAAACCAUAAAUAGUUAAAUAGUAAUACAUGAAUUAUGGCAGGAAAUAAGUCCAGGACCAGCCUAUUGGCUCAGCGUAUCUGACCCUCCAAGGGAGGAGUUGUAAAGUUUGAUGGCCACAGGCAGGAAUGACUUCCUAUGACGCUCUGUGUUAUAUCCCAGUGGAAUGAGUCUCUGGCUGAAUGUACUCCUGUGCCCACCCAGUAUAUUACCUAGUGGAUGGGAGACAUUGUCCAAGAUGGCAUGCAACCGUCAGAGAGUCCAGUUCCAUCCCCACAACAUCACUGGUCUUACAAAUGAGUUUGUUGAUUCUGUUGGUGUCUGCUACCCCCAGCCUGCUGCCCCAGCACACAACAGCAAACAUGAUCGCACUGGCCACCACAGACUCGUAGAACAUCCUCAGCAUCGUCCGGCAGAUGUUAAAGGACCUCAGUCUCCUCAGGAAAUAGAGACGGCUCUGACCCUUCUUGUAGACAGCCUCAGUGUUCUUAGACCAGUCCAGUUUAUUGUCAAUUCGUAUCCCCAGGUAUUUGUAAUCCUCCACCAUAUCAUCUUAUAAACUAUAGUUUAUAGGUUAUAAACGAUUAGUCAUAGUCAUAGUCAUACUUUAUUGAUCCCGGGGGAAAUUGGUUUUUGUUACAGUUGCACCAUAAAUAAUAAAUAGUAAUAGAAACAUAAAUAGUUAAUUAGUAAUAUGUAAAUUAUGCCAGGAAAUAAGUCCAGGACCAGCCUAUUGGCUCAGGGUGUCUGACCCUCCAAGGGAGGAGUUGUAAAGUUUGAUGGCCACAGGCAGGAAUGACUUCCUAUGACGCUCUGUGCUGCAUCUCGGUGGAAUGAGUCUCUGGCUGAAUGUACUCCUGUGCCCACCCAGUACAUUAUGUAGUGGAUGGGAGACAUUGUCCAAGAUGGCAUGCAACUUGGACAGCAUCCUCUUUUCAGACACCACCGUCAGAGAGUCCAGUUCCAUCCCCACAACAUCACUGGCCUUACGGAUGAAUUUGUUGAUUCUGUUGGUGUCUGCUACCCUCAGCCUGCUGCCCCAGCAUACAACAGCAAACAUGAUCGCACUGGCCACCACAGACUCGUAGAACAUCCUCAGCAUCGUCCGGCAGAUGUUAAAGGACCUCAGCCUCCUCAGGAAAUUAUAACUGGAAUUCCCUGUUCAAACGAAAUGAGUUGCAAGCGUUUUGUUGAUCCAGAGCUUUAUCACCAUUUCGCUGGAUAAGCAUACUGCCAGCUGAAAUUUCAAGGCAGGUCAAUAUUCCCAAAAUCUCAAAAGAUCCAAUCCAUUCUAUUGAAUCCACAACAAAGUCAUUUUGAGGAUUUACUAAUAGCUGUUGCAUCUCUGAAACUGAAGACGCUGGUUUGGAAUGGUGUCCUUGGAUUCUGAACCAAGAGAUGACUCAUUUUAUACAAUGGAAAGGAGCACCCCGUCCAGAGGCAUUUACAUCAUCUUCUAAGAUGUGAUGGUAGUCGUAAUACCCAUGCACUAUAUAAAUCUUGAAGCUUUCAGGAUCAGGAAGAGGAGUGUACUUGUGUAUAUUCCUUCGGUCCACGUUCGCCAUGUCAUCACGGUGCACAGACGGACUCGGUCUGAGUUUCAGCAGACAGGGGUCCACGCCGGCCGAGCAAAGAGGCGUUGGCACGCCAACCUCCCCACCCCACACCUCCCCAAAUACACCCUGGAGUUGGUAUGAAUUCAGGGCCAAUCGGACAACCUGGGUGUCCGGACGAGCAAUCGUCCCCAGAGCCAACGGCUACAAGACCUUGAAAAAUAUCGUGAUAAUUAACAAUUAUCCCAAAUAGAAUAAAGGUGUAUAGAAGGAAGAGAGUUUUAACAACCCCCAUGAUCCCAAAUGAGACGGCUGCAAAUCAAACUGAAAGCCCAGAGCUGGUCCAAAGAGAAACAAUGGAUACUCAAGAAAGUACUUCUGUUACUUUUAAAAAUGACCCCUGGUUGAAACAGUUUUAACUGGGAGCCCUCCUUUCCCUCCCACGUUCUAGAGGCACAUCUGUAGGUCACUUUUUUUUUUGGCAUGCGCCUGCGUGCGUGCGAGCCUGUGCGUGUGCGUGCGUCGGUGAUGAUGUCUUUUUCAUGGUUCUUACAAGGCGCGGAGCGAGAGAGAGACCGUGUGGCGCGCCACUCCUCACAAAGACGUUUUUGCGGUAUUUUUCCCCUUUAUUUUACGAGGUCGAGUUGCGAUCUGGGCACUCAAGCCGGCACGGAUGGGAAGCGUGCUCGGGAGCGGACCCGACCGGUUUCGAACCCGGGAACCUCCGCUCUCGGGGUCCGGUUCCAAUGUCGUUGCACCACCAGCCGGCCCCUGUAGGCCAGUACUUUCUUUCUUUUCAAAUCUUUUUGUUGUUAUAUACAGGAAAAAUAACAUGAGUACAUCGAAGUAACAACACUUACAAUGCCUCAAAAAAAAACACUAUCUUAAAGAUUGAAAAAAAAAUUUUGUGAUAACAAAAAAAACCUACUGAGCAGAAAAGUGAGAAAAAAAAAGAACGCAUUAGAUGUACAACCCCGGAGCCCGGCGUCAUACAAAAAGCUUCUAAAAAUAAACAUCAAACAGCCAGCAAGAAAAGAAAAUAUACUAAAAAAAAUUUACAAUUAGAUUGUGGAAAAAUUAUACCAAUUAACUCAAAUGAUAAUAAUGAGCAAAUGAGCCCCAUCUUUUCUCAAAAUCAAAUAAAGGUUCAAAGGUUCGACUUCUAAUUUUCUCCAAACUAAGACAUAGCAUCACUUGAGAGAACCAUUGUGACAAAGUGGGAGCUGAUGUAUCCUUCCACUUCAACAAAAUGGCCCUCCUCGCUAUCAGUGUAACAAAUGCAAUAACAUGUUGGUCAGACACAGAGAUACCGUGAAUAUUUUGAGGAAUUAUUCCAAAGAGCACUGUUAUUUUAUUAGGUUGUAGAUUAAUUUUAAGUGCUUUAGAAAUUGUUGAAAAAACCGACUUCCAGAACAGUUCCAAUAUAGAACAAGACCAAAACAUAUGUGUCAGUGUAGCUAUCUCAGUUUUAUAUCUAUCACAAUGACUAUCAACAUUAGGAAAGAUUUUAGAAAGUCUCUCCUUUGUCAAAUGAUAACGAUGUACAAUUUUAAAUUGAAUCAAUGAAUGGCUCGUACAAAUUGAAGAAGAAUUAACCAGCUUCAAUAUUCGCAUCCAAUCCUCCGUCAUAAAAGUCAAAUUAAGUUCCUUUUCCCAAUCCUGUUUAAUCUUAGAUAAAGGACGCUUAUCCCAUUGUAAUAAUAAAUUACAAAUUCUUCCUAUAGAACCCCUAAUCAAAGGAUUCAUACUCAUAAUAGUAUCUAACAGGUCAGCCUCCAAAACGUAAGGAAAAUUACUUAAAUAUUUUUGUAAAAAAUAUCUAACUUGAAGGUAUUGAAGAAAGUGUGAGUAUGAAAGAGAAGGCUAUUUCAAGCACAAACAAGAGGAAAUCGGCAGGCGCUUGGAAAUCCAAGCGACACACGCUCCUCCCAGCAUCUUGUGUUUGUGUGUGUGCGUGCGCGUGCGCGCAUAGGUUAACUGGCGACUCUACAAGGUACCUCUGAAUGUAGGUCACUGAUCAAAAAGAGUCAAAGGGGCUGAGGAAAGGAGGAAACCUGGUGGCGUAGCGCAGAGCGCGGGGCCGUUACGGCUCGGGGAGUUCAAAGGUCAACUCCGGCGCCAUUUUGUAAGAAGUUUGUCAGCCCUCCCCGCGGGAUGCGUGGGUUUUCCCCCCAGGAGUGCCGGUCCCACAGUCCAAGGACGCACCGGGUAGAUCAAUUGGUCGUCGUAAAUUGUCCCGUGAUUAGGUUUGGGCCAGAUCGGGGUUGCUGGGAGGCGCGGCUGAAAGAGACGGAAAGACCUCCUCUGCGCUGUACCGCGAGAUUUAAAAAAAAAUAAACUGCUCUAAUUUAGUCACCGUGAUUGACCUCCUCCCAUCAGCUGAGGUGAAAGGGUGUCUGGUUGUAGGAAUGUGGGUAAAAUGACGCUGGUUUUAAGGUCGGAUGUUGGUGAGAAGGGUCGCUGCCAAGGGUAACAGAAAACUGCCUGCUCCCAUUGUAUCUGAGUCAGGUUUAAUAUCAACAGCACACAUCAUGAAAUUUGUUGUCUUUGUGCAGCAGUACAAUGCAGUAUGCAGUAAUAGAGGGGAAAAAAACGUGAAUCACUUUAAGUACUUUGUGCACACUUAAAGUAAUUCACAUUGACUUUCAGCUCCUCGGCAUCCACAUCACCGAGGACCUCACGUGGUCUGUGCACACCGGCUGUGUGGUGAAAAACACACAACAGCACCUCUUUCACCUCAGACGGUUGAGGAAGUUUGGUAUGGGCCCCCAAAUCCUAAGAACUUUCUACAGGGGCACAAUUGAGAGCAUCCUGACUGGCUGCAUCACUGCCUGGUACGGGAACUGUACCUCCCUCAAUCGCAGGACUCUGCAGAGAGUGGUGCGGACAGCCCAGCGCAUCUGUAGAUCUGAACUUCCCACUAUUCAGGACAUUUACAGAGACAGGUGUGUGAAAAGGGCCCGAAGGAUCAUUGGGGACCCCAGUCACCCCAACCACAAACUGUCCCAGCUGCUACCAUCCGGGAAACGGUACCGCAGCAUAAAAGCCAGGACCAGCAGGCUCCGGGACAGCUUCUUCCACCAGGCCAUCAGACUGAUGAUGCAACUGUAUUUCUACGUUAUAUUGACUGUCCUGUUGUACAUACUAUUUAUUACAAAUUACUAUAAAUUGCACAUUGCACAUUUAGGUGGAGACGUAACAUAAAGAUUUUUACUCCUCGUGUAUGUAAAGAAUGUAAGUAAUAAAGUCUAUGACAUAUAUAUCAAAUAAUUAAAUAAAGUAAUGCAAAAAAACAGAAAUAAAGAAAUAGUGAGGUAGU